AUGUGCUUUGGCAGGCGCUACGACCACAACGACCAAGAGCUGCUCAACAUCGUGAAUGUAAGCGAACAGUUCACCGACACGGCUGCUUCUGCCAACCCCGUUGACUUCAUCCCUGUGCUCCAGUAUCUUCCCAGCCGUGCCAUGAGUUCAUUUAAAGAUUUCAACAAGCGAUUAGUCAGCUUCCCACAGAAGCUUGUCAAAGAACACUAUGAGACCUUUGACAAGAACAACAUCCGAGACAUCACUGAUGCCCUCAUUGAGCAGUCCCUGGAGAAAAACGUUGACACAAAGAACAGCACACAGAUCCCAAAGGAGAAGAUUGUCAACCUUGUGAAUGACCUCUUUGGAGCAGGCUUUGAUGCUGUGACAACUGGCCUGUCCUGGUGCCUCAUGUAUCUCGUGAUGUACCCCAACAUCCAAAAGAGGAUCCAGGAAGAACUAGACCAGGUCAUCGGCCAGGAGAGGAGACCGCGUCUGUCAGACCAGGGCAUGCUGCCCUACAUGGAAGCUUUUAUCCUGGAGAUGUUCCGGCACUCCUCCUACCUGCCCUUCACCAUCCCGCACAGCACAACCAGGGACACGGUGCUGAAUGGCUACUACAUCCCAAAGGACCGCUGCGUGUUUGUCAAUCAGUGGCAGGUGAAUCAUGAUAAGAAACUUUGGAAGGAUCCACAGACCUUCAACCCAGAACGUUUCCUCAAUGCUGAAAGGACCGGAGUGAACAAAGAGAAUGCAGAGAAGGUGAUGACUUUUGGCCUGGGGAAAAGGAGGUGCAUUGGGGACUUCAUUGGCAGGUGGCAGAUCUUCCUUUUCCUGUCCAUCUUGCUCCAGCAGCUGGAGUUUAGUGUCAGCGACAGAACAAAGGUGGACAUGACACCACUCUAUGGGCUGACCAUGAAGCACAAAAGAUGCAUGCACUUCCAGGUCAAGCAGCGCUUCCCCAUGAAGAGCAUCAACUGAGCAGUGGGCUUAUCCAUUGCCCAGACAUUGCCAGGGGGGCAAAGACCUGGAUGUCCUUGUAGCAAAGCUGGGGCUGGUACAACUUUGUGGGAUGAUGUAAUAAACUGAAG